UUUGAAGACGUCCAAAAAGCAGUUUUUAUGUCAUUCAGUAAUGCUCAUUCAAGAAACAUUCCUAUUAGUGGGCCACUCACAAGAAAAGCAAAGUCACUGUCUAUCUCCUUGGGCCAUGAAGAUUUUUCUGCCAUCUGGGGUUGGCUAAUUCGCUUUCAGUAUCGUUCAGGAAUUGCAGCCAAAGCAAUCUGUGGAGAAGAAUCUGCAGUUCCAAUUGAAAAAGCAAAUGAAUGGCGUGCAAGUGAAAUCAGGAAAAUCAUUUUAGAUCAUGAGCCUGAAGACAUCUACAAUGAUGGUAAGACUGGAAUCUUCUACCAGCUGCUACUGCAUCACACUUUAGCACUCAAAGGUGAUCCAUGCCAAGGAGGAAAAAAAUCUAACCAAAGGUUGACAGCUCUACUCUGCUGCAGUUCAACUGGCAGCCACAAAGUUAUUCCUCUCAUCAAUAGCAAGUCGACCAAUCCUCUGUGUUUUAAGUGCGUUACAUUCCGUCCCUGCAAGUAUAAAACAAACCAGCGAGCUUGGAUGACUCAAGACAUUUUGGGAAACUGGAUGAGAGAACUUGUCAAGGAUAUGAAGAAGAAAAGGAAGAUUCUGCUUCUGAUUGAUAACUGUGCUGCCCACAGCAUACUUCCACAAUUAGACAAUGUUCGUGUUGAGUUCCUCCCACACAAUAUAGCACGGCUUCAGCCAUUGGAAAUGGGUAUUAUUCACACCUUGAAAGUUUAUUAUCGUAAGGAAAUGCUGAGAAAAAUUCUCAUCAGUGUAACUUGUAGACAGGAGAUUAAAAUUAACAUGAAAGAAGCUAUUGAAAUGAUUGCAAAUGCCUGGAUGCAAGUUAAAGAAAGCACU